AACAUUAAAAAUGUAGAAAGUGGUUCUGAUAUUAAAGCAUCAUCAGAUGAUAUUGCAAAUAAGUAUCAAUACGAAGUGUUUUCAGAUGAUUCAUGUUCAUCAAGAUCUAAAAAAGGCAAAGAUGUAGAUAAGGAUAUCGAAAAUUUGAAAGAUAUUAGAAGUGUUGCACAGAAAGUUGAUUUUAUGGAUGAAAUAAAAAAAAAAGUGAAAGAAUCAUCUGAUAAUAGUGAAAGUCUCGAACUUAUUAAAAAAAUAAAAGACACAUGA